AUGGAACCAUCUCUCACCUCUCUAACGUAUAAGGGUUCCAUACCUGAAGCAAUCACUGAAGCAAAGAAGCAGAGGAAACUCUUUGUCGUGUAUAUUUCAGGUAAAAAUGAUGAGUCUAGUCGCUUGGAAAAUUCUACAUGGACUGAUGUAAAUGUAGCGGACUCGGUAGCAAAGUACUGUAUUUUAUUGCAUAUCCCUGAAGAAAGCACUGAUGCUGCAAAUUUUUCUGCAAUAUACCCACAGAAAUCUAUACCUUGUACUACAGCUAUUGGAUACAAUGGUGUACAAAUUUGGCAAAAUGAGGGCUUUGUCAGUGCUGAAGUUCUGGCAUCCAGUUUAGAGAAGGCGUGGUUGGGUAUUCAUAUCCAGGAAACAACUGCAACUGUGUUGAGUGCAGCUCUUGCUUCAAAUAACUCUGAACCAUCUACUUCUGGGGUUCCUAAUACUGUCUCAACUGAUGAAGGAAGUUCCUCAAGUACUAAUCAAGGACGUUCCUCAAGUGCAGCUGUUCGAUCGCCUUCAAUAGACACAAAUGAUCAAUCACCAGACGCUACAGAUGCUGUCUCUGACACAGUGAAGAAAAAUAAAGGUCGUGAUUGCAGAGUUGAGGAGAAAAAUAACGAUUUAGGAUACAAGACAUCUUCGAAAUCAUUUGAUGCUAAUGGGUUAGAAUGCGUCGGGGAUGAACAGUCCAGCUCUCCCAUGAAAUCUGCCCAAGGAGUACAGGAUAUUGAUAUGGAGGACCUGAACUAUUCUGGAGCUGAUAAUGUUUCUUCCAUUGCUGAAGUUGGUUAUAGUGGCCCCGAAAAGACCACUCUUAAUCAUUCAGGUGUCUCAGGAGAAGCUUCACAAGCAUAUAGUAGUGAAAAAAUGAAGCUCUGCAAGUUGAAAAGGUGUACGGAGGUCAGCAAAUCUAGUGAUGUUCACUUGAAUAUCCGAUUGCCCAAUGGUGUCAGCCUGAAACAGAAGUUUUCUGUGACAAGUACUGUGAGAAUGGUCAAAGACUAUGUUGAUGAAAACCAAGGAAGUGGUAUUGGCACUUAUGAUCUAGCCAUCCCUUAUCCUCGCAAGGUAUUCUCUAAUCAAGAAUUAAAUGAAUCGUUAUCAGAUUUGGGCCUGUUUGAUAGACAAGCAUUGAUAGUUGUUCCACAUCAGCAAGGGACUAGUUAUCAGCGCGGGAAAUCUGCAUUCUCAGACCAAAUAGACUCCAGAAAUACUGGUAGUUCCUCAAAUGGAAGUAAUGGGGGAUAUUUUUCGUAUGUGAAAGGAUUUCUAUCUUACUUCAAUCCUCUCUCUUAUUUUGGUGGUGGUGCAAACUCAUCAAGUUCGGGACAGCAAUCCCAAAAUGGCAUGUGGGAAUAUAGCCCAAAUUCUGCACGUCAAAACAAUUCCACUGAAAGCAUUUCUACAAGUAGUAGAAAUGAAGGGAAAAAAAACAGGCAACCACCAGCAUCUGGUUUUGGAAGUAACAUUCACACAUUGAAACAUGAUGAAGAUGAUGAACGGUUCAGCGAUAGAAAUGCCUUCUGGAAUGGUAAUUCUACUCAGUAUGGUGGUGGCAAUGAUGAUGGCAAAUAA